UUCUGCUGACGUUUGUCAGCUGACCCAUCGACUUGUCUCAUAUUUUGCGCUACGUUUGUGCACAAUUUUUUCAGCGAAAUUUUAGUGGAAAAUCAGUUAAAAAACUAUACAAAAUGUCAGGCAAGGACAGGCUACCGAUUUUCCCAUCUCGUGGUGCUCAGAUGUUGAUGAAGUCGCGUUUGGCUGGCGCACAAAAGGGUCAUGGUCUACUUAAGAAGAAGGCGGAUGCACUGCAAUUGCGUUUCCGUAUGAUUUUGGGUAAAAUUAUAGAGACGAAAACCCUUAUGGGUGAUGUCAUGAAGGAGGCUGCGUUCUCGCUUGCCGAGGCCAAAUUCACCACUGGUGACUUCAAUCAGGUGGUCUUGCAAAAUGUGACCAAGGCCCAGAUUAAGAUCCGCACAAAGAAAGAUAACGUCGCCGGUGUAACACUGCCCGUAUUCGAAUCCUAUCAAGAUGGCUCUGACACAUACGAAUUUGCUGGGUUGGCGCGUGGUGGCCAGCAGCUGGCCAAAUUGAAGAAGAACUACCAAAGCGCUGUAAAACUUUUAGUUGAGUUGGCAUCGCUGCAAACUUCAUUCGUUACAUUAGAUGAGGUUAUUAAAAUCACCAAUAGAAGAGUUAACGCCAUUGAGCAUGUCAUCAUUCCACGCAUCGAUCGUACACUCGCUUACAUCAUCUCUGAAUUAGACGAGUUGGAGCGUGAGGAAUUUUACCGUUUGAAAAAAAUUCAAGAUAAGAAACGAAUUGCGCGCAAAAAGGCAGAGGCUAUUAAAGCACAACUGCUCGAGCAGGGUAUCGAUGUGCGCCAGCAAGCCAAUAUAUUGGACGAAGGCGAUGAUGAUGUGCUCUUCUAAACUACACAUACUCACAUGCAUAUAUACCAAGGAAAACAAUAUUAAAGAAAAAACUAUUAAUUAUAUUUUGGCUAAUAGCAAGGCAAGAGAAGGCGUUAAGUAUUUUCUGUAAUCGAAUGUUCGUGCAUUAUUUCAAGUGUAUAUAUUUGAUAUACUGUUUUUGUUUCCAAAACACGCCAUAAAGCGAGAAUUACUAUUUAGUUGAAAUGCAUACAACAAUAAAUUAAAUAUUACAGUUUAAACAGUAUUCAUCCCACUUGAAAAAAAAGAAACACAGAAAUUUGAUAUAAAUAUAAAACUGAUUUUGCUGGUGAGUUUUGCGUUUAUAAGACAACAACAAAAGGCGCAUAUGUAAAUCCUUUAUUCCAUUUAUAAGAUAUUCGUCAGCUAUAUACCUGUUAAUAAUGAACAUAUUGUACUAAAUUUGAUGUUUUAUGUAAUUAAAAUGAUAUUAGAUGUGAUUCUUUUAAUUUCUAACAUUAGUUAAACUAAAUAAAAAAGGCGUUAAUACGUUGAAAUGCAAUAAAAAAUAUUGCUAAACGUGUAAGCGAGUAAAAAUACGCUCGUUUCUGUUCAGUGAAAUAAACAAACUGCAAUACUUGCAUUAUAAAAUGUU